AUGACGGUCUCGUACACCCUCAAAGUGGCAGAGGCUCGCUUUGGAGGCUUCUCCAGCUUGCUUCUCCGCUGGAGGGGAAGCAUCUACAAGCUCCUUUACAAAGAGUUCCUCCUCUUCAUCGCCCUCUAUGCUCUGCUCAGCAUCACCUACAGGCUUCUGCUGACCCAGGAGCAGAGGCACGUGUAUGCUCAGGUGGCCCGAUACUGUAAUCGUUCUGCAGAUCUCAUUCCCUUAUCCUUUGUACUGGGUUUCUACGUGACCCUGGUGGUGAACCGCUGGUGGGCCCAGUACACGAGCAUCCCGCUGCCGGACCAGCUGAUGUGCGUCAUCUCGGCCAGCGUGCACGGCGUAGACCAGCGCGGCCGCCUGCUGCGCCGCACCCUCAUUCGCUACGCCAACCUGGCGUCAGUGCUGGUGCUGCGCUCGGUCAGCACCCGUGUUCUCAAACGCUUCCCCACCAUGGAGCACGUGGUGGACGCUGGUUUCAUGUCCCAGGAAGAGAGGAAGAAGUUUGAGAGCCUGAAAUCCGAUUUCAACAAGUACUGGAUCCCUUGCGUCUGGUUUACCAACCUGGCGGCCCAGGCCCGGAGGGAUGGGCGAAUCCGUGAUGACAUCGCUCUCUGUCUGCUCCUGGAAGAGCUGAACAAGUACCGGGCCAAGUGCAGCAUGCUCUUCCACUAUGACUGGAUCAGCAUCCCUCUUGUCUACACCCAGGUGGUGACCAUAGCAGUAUACUCCUUCUUCGGCCUCUCCCUGGUUGGCCGCCAGUUCGUGGAGCCCGAGGCGGGGCCGGCCAAAUCUCGGGAGCCUUUAGAGGCAGCGUCCACCCUGGGGGACCUGGACAUGUAUGUGCCUCUCACCACGCUGCUGCAGUUCUUCUUCUAUGCCGGCUGGCUCAAGGUGGCCGAACAGAUUAUCAACCCCUUUGGUGAGGAUGAUGACGACUUUGAGACCAACAAGCUCAUAGAUCGCAACUUGCAGGUGUCUCUGUUAUCCGUGGACGACAUGUACCAGAACCUGCCUCCUGCCGAGAAAGACCUGUACUGGGACGAAGACUCCGCGCAGCCACCCUACACGGUGGCCACUGCGGCCGAGGCUCUGCGGCCUUCCUUCCUGGGCUCCACCUUUAACCUUCGCAUGAGCGAUGACCCCGAGCAGAACAUGAAGGUGGAAGCGUCCCCAGCGGCUGCUCGGCCACUGCCCGCCCAGACCCCACUACUCGGCCACUUCCUGGGUGCAGGAGCACCCUCCCCUGCCAUCAGCCUCAGGACAUUUGGCCGCAUGCGAGGAGCCCCCAGGACCCCGCAUCUGCUGCGCUUCCGAGCAGAGGAGAGCGGCGAACCCGAGGCCGCAGACCGCAUUGAGGAGGCAUCCGUGGCAUCAGAGGACGAGACCAGGGAGCCCUGA